AAUCUGACAUAUCAUUUGAGUCCAACAGCUGAUGGAAAAUGGCCUGUCGCCGGUGGCUGGGGUCGGCGUUAAUACCCGCCGAUCGGUGGGUCAACAGUCCACCAGUUAUAGGAUUGUUUCAGUUAGGCAAAUGUGUGACCCAGAGGCGACUGAUACACAAACAGGGUUCUAGAAGAAGCGCCAAGUUUGGUUUCCUGUUUGACAUUGAUGGGGUGAUAGUUCGAGGAAAGAAGUUGUUGCCGUCAGCCAAGGAGACAUUUUCAAUAUUAACAGACAACAAUGGAGAGUUUCGAGUACCAUGUCUCUUUGUCACAAAUGCAGGCAAUACUCUACGACAAAACAAAGCAAAACAGCUUUCUGACUGGUUGAAUGUCAAGGUGCAUGAAGAUCAAGUCGUCAUGUCUCACAGCCCCCUGAAGAUGUUCCGCCAGUUCCAUGACAAGCAUGUCCUGGUGUCCGGCCAGGGCCCUGUUCAGGAGAUCGCUCGAGGUCUAGGUUUUACCCGCAUCACCACCGUGGAAACAUUACGCCACACCUUCACCAACCUCGACAUGGUCGACCACAAGCGAAGAAAAGCUGCUCCCUGUGCUUUCGAGCAGUAUUUUCCGAAGAUUGAUGCUGUGAUAUUGUUUGGAGAACCGGUGAGGUGGGAAACGAACCUGCAAAUCAUCAUUGACGUGUUAUUGACCAAUGGUAAGCCAGGACACACCCAGAAGGAAACUCUGUACCCCCACCUACCCGUCCUGGCCUGCAACAUGGACCUACUGUGGAUGGCCGAGGCGCCUAACCCCAGAUUUGGACAUGGAUGUUUCCUGCACUGCCUAGAAAGUUUAUACCAGAAAAUCACCGGGCGUGAGUUGAAAUACACAGCUUUAGUUGGCAAGCCGAGCGAGAUCACAUAUCACCAUGCCGACUACCUCCUCAGUCAACAGUCUCGCCUGCUGGGGCUAGAGGGAAUCAGCACCAUAUACUGUAUAGGUGACAACCCAGAGACUGAUAUAUACGGAGCCAAUCUCUACAACCGCUACCUCAGAAAGAGACUCAAGUCCAAAGAGAAGCGCCUGUCCGCCCAGGCCGUGGUCAAGCAAGCCGUUGCCCACGCCAGCGGUCAACAGGUGUCCGACAUGGAAGAAGAUGACGAUGACUCUUCCGAAGAGAUGGAGAUGCUGGAAUCACAGUCGGAGGGAGAAGAGUUUGUUGAUAACUUUGCCAAGUCGUGUGAAAGCAUUCUUGUAUGUACAGGUGUAUAUUGCACCGAGAGAGACUUUGCCACGUAUGGCGGCAAGAGGCCAUCUAAUCACAAUCACAGGGACUUUGUCAUAGAUCCGGAACUGAAACGGCCAUGCAAUGUCACUCAGAAUGUACUAGAGGCAGUUCAAAUGGUGUUCGAGAAAGAGGAAUUCAAUUGAUGAUGGCUCGAACAGUUAGGCAAGUUAGUGUGAUGGUUGUUCAAGUAUAGACCCAACACUGGUAGUUCCUGUGUGAGAUUCUGUCACAUGGCUGGUGAUUUAAAGGGAAACUUGUCUUUGUAAAAGCUUGAAUGUUUACUUUCUAUUAUUAUUAUUAUUAUUAUUAUUAUUAUUAUUCCUUUUGAAUCACCAGCCAGAAUUUACCAGUGAAACAUUGAUAGUCUGGAUGAUGCUGUUCCCACUGAAAGGGUCUGCAUCAGUCAGUAUGGGGAUCGAUGAUUCCUGACUGUGGGAUGAUGUCCUUUGUAUAUAUGUAGAUGUUCCCAACGGCACCGGAAACUAUCUGUAAAACAGUGUCCAGAUUAACAGGGUCUGAACUAAAGAGGUUUCACUGUAUACAGUGGGAUAUUUGGUGAAGUAGUCUCUCAUUAUCUCAAGAUUAACUUCUGUAUGUUAUCUCGAGGUAACUGUGCCUCUAAAAUCCUAUUUUUUUAUAUUUAAUUUUUAAGUUGUUUACAAUAGCUGCUGUUGGGCCUAUAUCUUACGUUAUGAAAGAACUGCUGAUUAAAUAAGUACAAAUAAAAUAUGUCCAAAUUUUAUUUUUUAAUAUUUUUUUAAGAUUUUAGUUUUAAGAUGAGGUGAUUCUGUGAUCCAGGUAAUAAAAUAUAUUUGGCCUUGUGUGAACCAGAUUUGUGAGAUGGAAGGGUUAUCUCAAUGUCACAGAUUCUAUUAAUCUCGAGAUAAUGAGAGAUCCACUUAAACUGAAGUGAAAAUGAAUCUCUUGCCCUCAAGAACCCAGUGGUGAUAAUGUUUGUGAUAGAUGAUAUUCUAAUAUAUAUUCAUGCUACGUGUUAUCAUUCUACAUGGAUUUAUUGAUUUGAGACUUGUAACAUUUGUUUUAAGGAAAAUAUGCAAUUUUCUUUGAAAUUUCAUGAAAUAUUUUUAAAAUGUUUUUUUUUCAUUUGAUUUUCUUUUUCUUUUAAUAUGUUAUGUUUGUAUUAAUUUAUGGAUAUUCCAGGUGUAGGAUUAAGAAUGGAUGUAGUCUAAUGGUUAAGUAAAAUGUUAUAUAAAUAAUUGUUACUUGUCAAAUACAUACAGCAAGAAUGUUUUACGAAGCAUUGAGAACCUAAUUCACAAUGGAAACUUACAUUCAUGUUCUCUUUGGAGAUCCUCAAAAUUAUCCUCCAACAUGGGUCUCAUAUAAUACAAAAUAAUAUAAACAAACUCAUUCCACUAUAACCUGUCUCGGAUGUCCAUAGAACUUUAUUCUUAAAUUGCAUUAUUUUUGGUACUUGUGUUUCACAUUGACCCAGUGACCCUGAUUUAAUAAUGAAUGUUUUUUCACAGCGAUAUUGUUAUCAAGGAGGCAAUUUUAGAUUUUAAUUUAAUUGAUGUUGGACCUGCAGUAGGCCUUUUUAAAAACCCGCAGUUGAUGUGAAACACAGUGUUAAAAAAUACUGCCAUAUUGCAAGGAGUCUAAGGAGGAUCUGUACAUAUGCUCCAGGAUAACUUGAGAUAGAUGGGUUCUAUCUUUACCGAUGUGGUUAGUGUUGGAUUUGGUUGUUACAGUGCCUGUAGUAUUUGUUAGAGAGAUUGUGUGUUAGAGUCUGGCUGUGAAGGUGUAGACAAUCUUUGUCAAUAGAGUAUGCACAAACCCAUCUUUCCGAAGUAAGUGCAUUAACUGAUUGUAAAAGUCCAGUUUCCACCCUUGCCGAACUGGGCUGGAAUUUGGAGUUACAUUUUGGCUGGGUUAACGAGUUUAUUCAUUGUCCUAUCAAAAUUGCGGAACAAAAUUGACACUGGAUUCAUAAUCACCAUGGCAACUGCCGUGCAGAUUUCAGUCAAUUGCAGGAUUUGCCAAGCAUGUGCACUGUCAACUUGGCAUCGACAGAUGUUUUCCAAAUAUUUCCAUGUUUAAAAUCUAGGUGCUCAAGUGAUUAGAUGUACUGCGAGAGGUAAAACCUGUUUUAUCAAAAUUAAGAUGGUGAUUAUCAAUCAGAUCGUCUAGACUGGGCACCACCCUUUUGUUUCAAGCAAAUGCAAGAGAAAGGAUGGGUGAAAUCUGAUUGGUCAAUACUAGUGACAUAGAAGGGACAUAACUCGUAACUGUCAUUGGUAGCUCUACGAUCGAGCCACAAAAUUCCAGCCUAGUUCGGGAAGGGUGGAAACUGGACUUUUAUAGUCAGUUAACGCCCUUACCUCAGGAAGAUGGCACAAACCUCAGAGUGGUGAGUCAUUAGGAGACUACUAGGAAGACGAUAAUUGUUAAGACAUUCUGUAAUAUUUACAGAACACAUUGUAGACUGGUGAACAGAUGUUUCAUGUCUUUCUCUGUAUGUGAUGUGUUUUUUUUAUGCAACUCUGCAUACUGUUUCAUCUUCCAUAACUUUUUACAAAUAUUUAUUUAUUAGGACAAAAAUAUUUUACCUGAGGACACAAUAAACUAAAUAUCAGAUGUUCUCUCAUUUGAUUGGUUGAAAAGUUUCGUCAAAUGAGCAUAACAUCACUUAAUUUUGGGGUCUAAUCACCGUGUAUGUAUACAUUUAUUUAUGGAACUACUUUUCACGACAGCAUGUUCAAAUGAAAUUUUAUGUUUAUCCAUUUAGCAUUGUAUCCUGCAAAUCUUACAAAACUAAAUGUUUAUGUCAUAAGUUAUCAAAUUUUUUUGGAUAUCAUAAGUAAACAAAAAACAGAGUUCAAUUUAGGGCCUCAUCCAUGAAACGAGAAAAUAUUUAGCAAGUGUCCAGACAAGGAUACAGAAGGUAGUUACUGGAGGGCAGAAGUUAUUGAUUUGUUAGGUGUGAGGUCCUUGUUACGCUGAUAAUGAUAAUCUGAUGUACAUAACUCUGAGGUUAUCUCAAUUUAUGAAUGUAGAAUGUUCGUGUGACUUUGUGUGAAUUUGAUGAUAGAUCAAGACAUGCAACAUGUUAUAUUUUAGCAUCAUCGGACCUCCUGUACAGAAUAUAUUUUAACUCACAAAUAUUCCUACUGACUAAUUUGCAGCAAGUAGAGUCUUGUGACGAUACUCUAGCCAGUUGUGAUUUACCGACAUUCCCUUAGAACCAUCGAUUUAGGGCAAUGAGCAUUUGUGAUAUCUCGAAACAAACUUAAGUCAGAGGUUUUCCUCAAAUUUGAGACAUCUCAGCAAAAUUAAUUUCCUGAAACAGUUCAAUUUUAAAAUUAAACUCAUUAAAAAAGCUGAAAAACUUGUGAGGUGACUUUUCUUGAGGCAAGAUGGCUGCCAAUAGUAGAUGUCAUCGCCAACUACAUAUAUAACAAGAUGGCUGCCAAUAGUAGAUGUCACGCCAACUACAUAUAUUACAAGAUGGCUGCCAAUAGUAGAUGUCACGCAAACUACAUAUAUAGCAAGAUGGCUGCCAAUAGUAGAUGUCACGCCAACUACAUAUAUAACAAGAUGGCUGCCAAUAGUAGAUGUCACGCAAACUACAUAUAUAACAAGAUGGCUGCCAAUAGUAGAUGUCACGCAAACUACAUAUAUAACAAGAUGGCUGCCAAUAGUAGAUGUCACGCAAACUACAUAUAUAACAAGAUGGCUGCCAAUAGAAGAUGUCAUCGCCAACUACAUACAUAAAAAAGGUUUGAGAAAUGCGACAGGGUUAGGAGCUCGAGUUCAAUUCUCAAACUCAGUUAAACUUAAGUUUGUUUCGAGAAAUCGAGAUUUCGUCUACUGGAUGCAGGCCCUCCACUGGAGGAGAUCUGGUAGUCUUCACCAUUAAUUAAGCAUGUAGUAAUAUGUUUCCUGAUCCUCACAAUGAAGGCACUGACUCUCUGUGUUCUUGAGAAAGAGUUGAUAUACAUUUUUUAAUGUGUGAACCUGGUUUGAUCUGAUAAGUUUUGUGUGAAAAAGUCGAUAACCCCCGAACUUCCUUAAAAAAACAAAAACAGAACCGUCGACGACCUGGCCCUUUACCUUAACAAUGUAAUUCUUUAUGAAGUUGUAUGUAAACGUUGUGUUACUUUGGGGUCGACAUAAAACGUGCUUCCAUCUACGUGAGUUGAUGAAACUGGAGCCUAUAUGCUUAGUUCCUGGUGAAGUGAAUUGCCAAUUACCCUUCUGCAUGUACAGUUUAGAGGUUGUUGAAAAUGUGUAUUUUUAUUAGUUUUUAUUAUAAAGAAGAAAUAUUUUAUCCAACUAUUAUCAUGUGCUCAUCAAUUUAUGCUUAUUGAUAUCAUGGAUUUACAUUUGAUUUAAGAAUGAAUAAAAUACUGUAUAUAUUUUAAGGCUUGAAAUGUAGACUACAAAGGAUUCUCACCUCACCAAGAAUCCUCUGUCUGACACCUGUGUGCAAGGAUUCUCAUGGCAAUUAGAAUAUGGGCCCUGUUCCUCAAAGUGAUCUUGGGAGUAUGGGAGUUACGAUCGUCUUAGCGCUAAGAUCGCUUUGUGGAAUGGUGCCCUGGUCCUGUUCAAUAAAGCAAUCCUAGCGCUAUGACUUUCAGAAGUCUAUGUUAAAGUAUGGGAUUUACAAUCGUCUUAGCACUAAGAUCGCUUUGUAGAUCUUGGGGGGUUAAGCUGGAUUAGAUACAACAUCCAGGUUUGCAGAAACAAUCAAUUGUCAAUCUAUUAAAGAAGGAAAAAUGAAAAACAUUUAAAGAAAUAAAGAUACAGUCGGGCAUUUAUGAUAAAAUGAUAGCUGAUGUUUAUUCAUUUUAUUCAGACUUCGCAUUUAUUUUAUUAUUACAUCUCUACCUGUCAUAUAGUUGAAACCAGGGCAGCAUUUCUGUGUCAGAAACCUCUUUGUCACUUAGCUCCAUCAACCAAUCACAGGCAGUGUAACAUGUGGGAUAGGGCUGGGAUGAGUCCCAAUUUACUACCUGGGGACACUGUAAUGACAUCUGUGAGGUUACUGGAGUGUCAGGAUCCAGAUUAUAGGAGGUUUUACUGUAAUGACAUCUGUGAGGUUACUGGAGUGUCAGGAUCCAGAUUAGGGAGGUUUCACUGUAAUGACAUCUGUGAGGUUACUGGAGUGUCAGGAUCCAGAUUAUAGGAGGUUUUACUGUAAUGACAUCUGUGAGGUUACUGGAGUGUCAGGAUCCAGAUUAGGGAGGUUUCACUGUAAUGACAUCUGUGAGGUUACUGGAGUGUCAGGAUCCAGAUUGAGAAGGUUUUACUGUAAUGACAUCUGUGAGGUUACUGGAGUGUCAGGAUCCAGAUUAAGGAGGUUUUACUGUAAUGACAUCUGUGAAGUAACUGGAGUGUCAGGAUCCAGAUUAAGGAGGUUUUACUGUAAUGACAUCUGUGAGGUUACUGGAGUGUCAGGAUCCAGAUAAGGGAGGUUUACCUGUAAUGACAUCUGUGAGGUUACUUGAGCGUUAGGAUCCAGAUUAGGGAGGUUUCACUGUAAUGACAUCUGUGAGGUUACUGGAGUGUCAGGAUCCAGAUUAAGGAGGUUUUACUGUAAUGACAUCUGUGAGGUUACUGGAGUGUCAGGAUCCAGAUUGAGGAGGUUUACCUGUAAUGACAUCUGUGAGGUUACUUGAGUGUUAGGAUCCAGAUUAGGGCGGUUUUACUGUAAUGACAUCUGUGAGGUUACUGGAGUGUCAGGAUCCAGAUUAAGGAGGUUUAACUGUAAUGACAUCUGUGAGGUUACUGGAGUGUCAGGAUCCAGAAUAGGGAGGUUUACCUGUAAUGACAUCUGUGAGGUUACUUGAGCGUUAGGAUCCAGAUUAGGGAGGUUUUACUGUAAUGACAUCUGUGAGGUUACAGAACAGCAGGGGGCGCCGCGAUUCUCUGUGCAGAGUUGCGUCCCUUGGGCAGCCAGAAACCUAUGAUUGUUGGUUCGAAUCCCGGUUCGCCCCGAUUAUGUUUCUAGGAAUGUCAGCACCAUACCCGUGCUCGUGGGUUUCACAGAAGUGGUAAACGUCUGAGACCUGCAUCACUUCGGGCUUUCCUCCCACAUGCUGACACGCCGCGAUAUAACUGGAAUACUGUUAAACCCAACUCACUCACUACAGAACAGCAGAGACCCGAUAAUGUUAUACAAAACAGUUUGUAAUAAUUACCCUGAUUAUCCUGAACAGGACGAUAGUAUUUUAUGGUCUUGUUUAAUAUUCUGUUAUUGAUCUCAAUCAUAACCCAGUGUUUACAUGUUGUUAAAUUUUGUUUUAAAAAAUCUUUUAAAUUAAAUAAGGAUUUUUUAAUACUGCAGGUACUCUACUACAUCAGUUUGAAAAUUCAAACUACAUAAGGGUUUACUUUAAAACUUAUCUAAAUAAACAUAUCCAUUUUAUGAAUUGACUGUAACAGUUAUGGCAUUUAUGGAACAUAAAAAUCAUUGUGAAUUCUGUGCAAAUCUGCAUAGUUAUUUUUAGCAUUGUAGGAAUCAAUGUUCUUGAAGAUUCUUCAACUGACGUUUGACACCAAAUUGAAAUUAGAUUCAUUCUUUCUUUGAAAUAUUGAUGUCAAAUGCCAGUGAUAGAACAUUAGGGACCAGUCAUUUAUUAUGCUGUUUUGGGAUUAGGAUAGAUUGAGAUGGCAAUAGGGGAGGAUCUUAAAAAUAUAAAUAAUUACAAUUUCAGGAAGGGUUACAUACAGAAUAAACAAAAACUAUCACAAUAUUACAAAAAGGAAGAAAAUAGUUUGCUUAGACAAAAAACAUGUCUGGUCAGGUCUUUUUAUAAGAAAUGACUAGUCCCUUACAGGAAGUCCUGUUUGUGUGUGUAUCAGGAAGUAUUCUUGUUUACCAAAGAUCAUGUGUCCAUCGAACAAAUAAAUAUAUAGUUUGCCAUGUGAAAGUAAGUGCCUGUUGUUCUUCUGUUCCUGAGAACAGAUCAUAAUGGAUAUGGCUAGCAUACAUACAUACUGGGGAACCCUGCUUAUCCAGAUGGUGUUUGGUCUGGAUUAAUAAAAUAUGAAUAACAAUUAUUUUCCCAACAGAAAUUAUUCUGGAAUGUGAUGUGUCCAGAUUAACAGGUUCCGGAUAAACAAGAUUCAUCUGUAUUCUUCAGAUUUAUUCUAAUUUUUGUUACAUAUGUAUCAUUAUAGAGAAUAUAACUGUUUUUAUAAAUAUUCUGUGUCAUAUACAAUGUAUAACUGUAGGGAUUUUCUUAAAAUAUAGAUUUAUAUUUUGUCUUUUGGGGGAAUUUUGAAAAAUUUGAAGCGAAUAUUAUUUGUUAGAACAAAUAUUAACAUGAUGAUUAUUUGUUUACAAAUUUUUUAGUUUGCUUGGGAAUAUUGAAUAAUCUGAAUCAGGAUAAAUUCCUUAUGGAUUUAUGUAACUGUGCAAUGGGACAAACCCAGGCAUUCCCCCUCCACCGCUAGCUGACACAUGGAAUACAACUCAUAUCAGGUUUCACAAAACAAUCGUGUGAAAUACGACACUCAAUUUGCAAAUGACACAUAUUUUAGUAAUAUAUUACUAAUUUAUUGACCCAGCUUAUCAGAGACAACAAGACUUGGUGCCGAAUAUGGAGUUGCCAAAAUAAUGACAAGAACAACUGUCAGGGUUGUUUUUAGGUUAAUUUUAUAAAAGAUUACAACUUACAUUAAAAAUUGUUCAAAAUGAGCAUAUUUUUAAUCAAACUUCAUUGAAUUAUUUAUUUCUUGCAUUUAGACAAGUUGAUACUAAAGAUGACAUAAUAAUUCUGAAAUAACCAAAUCUUGUGUUUCAUACAUGUACAUAGCAAGGUGUUUAUACACUACUCAAAAGAAGUUAAGAAAGACCCGAUUCUUCCAUAUGACUAGGGGUGGUCGGGUAGCCUAGUGGUUAAAGCGUUCGCUCGUCACGCCGAAGACCCGGGUUUGAUUCCCGACAUGGGUAUAAUGUGUGAAGCCCAUUUCUGGUGUCCCCCGCCGUGAUAUUGCUGGAAUAUUGCCAAAAGCGGCGUAAAACCAUACUCAUUCACUCACUCACUCCAUAUGACUAUAGUUAAUGUGUCACGGCUGGUGGGAAUUGCUACACACAGCCUUCAAACUGUGGGUGUUCCUUAACUUGUUUUGGGUGGUAUAUUUUCGUUUCUGAUAUAUUGGGUCUGAAUGUAGAGUUAUAUUGACACCUGUCAAUCAUAUUAUCACCCAAUCAUUACAAACUAUAUUAUUUUCUUUGAGAAAUGUAUCAACCAAUCAUUCAGCAUUAUAAGCACAUUGACACCUGUCUGUCAAGAAAAUCAUCCAAUCAUCUUCCACUGUUUAUCUUGAACCACUCAUUGUCUGUUUAUAAUGAUACAUGGACCAGUUAUUUUAGAUGAGUGUGUCUCCCUCACUUGUGUGUGUGUCAUGGCUGACCAUGGCAAGUGUCCUCCUAGCAAGUAAACUGUCAUAACAUG